AUGUUAUCUAAGAACCCCGAGGCUGCUCGGCGUGUGGUCUUCUCCGCCGCCCCGGAGGUAAAGGCAGAGGGCGAGGACUUCGAUGCACAGACACUCAACGCUCUCAUCAAUAACAUAUCUAUGGUAGCUUCUGUCUAUCACAAGCUGCCGGAGACGUUCGUUACUCGGGCUCGGCCUGCUGCAGCAAUGCUGCGUAGAGAGGCAUCGAGGGGGGGCCCCCUGGGGGCCCCCGGGGGCCCCCCUGGGGGCCCCCCCCUGGGGUCUCAGUCCUCACUAGACGAGUCGCAGCAGCAGCAGGUUGUUGAGAGAGCGAGGAAAGUGCUGCAGCAGCAGCAGCAGCAGCAGCAGCAACGCGGCUCUGGGCGCAGCAGCAGCAACAGCAGCAGCAGAAGCAGAAGCAGAAGCGCACGCUCAGAUUCAGAGUCGAGCAGCGAAGGGGGCCCGGUGGAUUUGUUAGAUUUGAGUGAUGGUUCUGUCUCUGGUGCUUCUUCUAAGGGGUGCCCCGUGCCUCAGGUGCUGGUGCUGAAGGCGGAGACAGCUGGGGCCCAGCAGCAGCGGGGGCUUGAGAUAAGAGCUGCGUUCUAUAAGCCUGAGGGGGGUGAGAGAUAUAUGUUAUAA